CUGGACCUAUAGAGCACGAAAACGCGGAAAACAGGAGAGUCACAGAAAACGGAAAUCUUUGAAGAGUUUUCAAAGUGUUUUCGUAGAAUUUCCGAAACUGAAACAUAACGCUGGUGUUUCCGUGCUGCAUAACUGAACUUAAUUGUGGCUUCAAAUUUCACCACAGCCUACGUUCAUCUACUCCAUUCCACAUAAUAAUUAAUUAAUUAAUUACACAUAUUUAUAUUAUAACAAGGCUAAUUAAGAGCGUACCACUGAAGAAGUUCCAGCGCCAUUCUGGCCUUGGUCUCCCAUCGUAAUUAUUUCUCCGAUCGAUCUAAUAAUUAACAACACAAUUACGAAACGACUAAUCAAGGCCAAUGGAAUGGAUAAUGGCCGAAUUGCGGAUUAUUCAGAGAUCCACCGGUGUGACUGUGAUCAACGGCGAUAGAGCUCUGCUCGCAGAAUCCACUGGACGGGGAGAAUUCAUCCGCGAAGGAAACUGGGAAAUCGGCGAUGGCGGCGUGAGGGAGGCAAUUGAAGAAGGAAGAAGAGGAGCAACAAUUCGCGUCGGCGGCGGCGGGGGGCUUGGAGGCGUAGGAGGCGAGGCGGGCCCGGGCGAGGAGGAGGUCGGACUGGAGCUGGGCCAUACGGCGCUGGAGGGAGGCGAUGGCGCCAAUGCAGCCGUAGACGGGGUCGGUGAGGCGGACCUCGGCCUCGUAGACGAGGGAAUUGACGGUGUCCUCGCGCUGCUCCUCCGGGACCUCGUUGAGAAUUUUGGCGACGUUGCUAGCGCCGAAGACCUUGUGGACCUUGGCGAAUUUCUUCGGGUCGUCGGAGCGGAAGUAGGGGGCGAACUGGCAGUUGGGGACGCACUUCCGCUUCAGCAACUUGCAGGCGGCGCAGGAAGAGCUUGAACGGCCGCCUCCCUGACCAUGAUGAUGGUGAUGAUGAUUGUUGUUAUUCUUCCUCAUGCCUCUAAAUAAUUAUAAUUAUAAAUUAUAAAUAUAAUUAAAGUAAUUAAUUUAGCAGCCUGAUUUGCUUUGCUUUGCCUCACUGCUUGGACUACGUACCUAUAUGCUAUCUACUCACUCCCCUUUUCUUUUCAACAUCUCAAUUAUUAUAUAUACUUGUUAUUGCGAGUACAAUACAUGCCACGUUUGUCU